AUGGCUGCAGAAAGCCCCCUAAGUCAACUCUACAAUGACUUCCUCCCGGAAAACGGCAAUCGUGUAUGGACCCCCGAAAUUAUCGAAGCAAUGGACAUAUUGGCGCAGAAGAUCGUCAUGUACAACAAGAGGACACUGCUUCUACGCUCUAUCUCAUCGGGCGAGCAAGAGAGAAUCACUGAGUCUGACCAAGGAGUCAUUUUCGACUAUUCAGGCAAAGAACUACGACAUGAAAUCGACCAACUGAGUAGUGAGCUAGGAAACUUCGAGGUUGGCGAGAAAUAUAAGAGUAUUGAUGUUUUUGGCAACCAUCAUGAUCGAGAGAUUCAGAAUCUCAGGGAGUCAGGGGACGAGAGCAGCUUCAUUCUAGACCUGGCUAUAGAGUCAUACUGGAAUAUAGCUGGGGGUCUGAGCGCAAGUGCCACCGACAAUUUUGACUUGCAACCGUUGUACAAGGUCAUAGCUCGAGCAGCCACCGAUCAUCAGACUGACAGAAUGUGUCAGGAUGGCGAAACUCCCUACUCUUUCUGGAAACGGCGUUGGACUACUGUGACGCCGCAUGGUAGUGAAAAGGUUUGGAUCAAGACUAGGAAGUAUUACAAGGGUGCCAAGGACUUUAUAUUCAAGUUCGUGAGCCUUGAUAAGCUGACUGAAGCGGAGAAAUAUGGAGAUGAGGGUCUCAUGAUACAGUGGUCUCAAACGCGAUUCCGACUCACAGAUCUACUGUACAAGCACGGAGACCAGCUAAUGAAUGUCGAUAACAUUGUAUGUUUUGGCCUUGGCGCACUAGACUGGAGACGCCCAAAGCGUUUUGCGCAGCAUCUUGCGGCCUUCACGAUCCGCGAUACUUUGCAAUCAAUCCAAGCAGAGCGGGGCAUUGAUAGAAAGAUACCGAUUAUCGCCCAGGAUCCUGCGUACUGUCCCUCUUGCAGCGAGAUUCUCGAGGAACAGCUAGGUAUUCGAGCUGUAACCGAUUUCGAAGGGUUUAGGGCAGUGACCAAAAACUCCUUCAUCGUCACUGUAGCCCCUAGUGCACCAGUUUGCCAGAUCAUCGCGGACCUGACCAUGAAGGACGGCGGUCCAGCGGCAAUGCUAUGCGACAAGUUCUGUGACGACUAUCUUGCACAGGAGCGCGAUCCGGAAUCGAAAGAUGGAUAUACUUGUGACGAGCCCACAAGAAACAUGGUAGAUUACAAAGCUCGAUGUGAAAUAGAGGAUUUUAGCGAGUGCGAGAGCGUCCUUGGUAUAAGCCAUAAAGAACUCGUGGACACGUAUCCCACGGGGGCGGAGUACCUCAAGAAAUGGAAUGUAGACGGAAAGACUUUCUUUACAAGCAAAACCACAGAGGCCGAUGAGAAGGAUUAUAAGAACUGUUGUGUGAUGUGGGCGUUGGAAGGGAACAUUAAUUUCCAGGAGUCGGCUGUGUAUAUUAGGUCAAGCUAGAAAGCUGUACUUUUGAGGUUUUAGAUAUAGUGUUUAGUAGCAACAAU